AUGGCACAGCGACCACCCCUAAACCAAGAACGACUCAAGAAGCAGCUCUCGAUUUCAAACUUUGAGCCGAAUGCAAUCAUCCGGGGUGCUCAAUUAACCUUAGUAGGAGCUCAUCGCGCCCUGCAAAACCCUGCGCUCUUCACUUCGUCACAUUACAAGCAAGCGGCUAUAGCUGUUGCCGUCGGCAUCGGGAUCCGCCUUGCCAUAUCUAUUCCUAUUAUCGGAAUCAAGGUUCUACUAUGGUUUCUCUCGUUUAUUGUCAACUUCGACCAUGUCACAUGGGAUGAUACGAUCGUCAAUAGCCUAGAUUUCAUCCAGAAUUAUUAUGACAAGCACGAGGCCGAGGACCCCUCAAAAUUACGGGCCCCCUACUAUAAUAACCUUCGGAAAUAUAGUAUUCGAGACGGAAGUACUCAUUCCAAGAGCACAGUUGAAGCCGUUACGAUGUUCCUGAUGCGAUUCGGCAAGAAGGCUGGAAUCUCUCUUGCAAUCUUCGCUCUAUCAUACGUUCCGUAUGUGGGACGUCUGGUUUUGCCUGCUGCCAGUUUUUACACUUUCAAUCGAGUCGUAGGUCUCGGACCGGCGGCAAUCGUCUUCGGAACUGGCAUCCUUUUGCCUCGCAGGUACCUCGUGAUAUUCCUACAGAGCUAUUUUGCCUCGCGAAGUUUGAUGAGGGAGUUGCUCGAGCCAUACUUUUCUCGGGUACGCUUUACUAAGGAGCAGAAGAGACAAUGGUUCCGUGAUAGGGAGGGGGUUCUCUUUGGAUUUGGAGUUGGGUUUUAUAUCUUCCUACGGAUUCCCCUUCUGGGGGUCCUCAUCUACGGGAUUGCUGAAGCAUCAACGGCAUAUUUGAUCACUAAAGUGACCGACCCGCCUCCACCACCAGCUGAGAGUGAGGGAUUUGCGGCAAACCAGCAGCAAUGGAAGAACAAGCAUGAGUUUUUGAACCUAAGUCUGACCGACAUCGACAGCGCCAGAAUUUCAACGCACAGUCAAGCUGCACAAUCCCCCAUUGGCGCUCAAGGAAGUUCCUCGGGGGUGCCGUCUGAGCCUCCACCCCCUUACACGGAGAUUAGGUCAAGAUAA